GUUGAGUGGGUGGGUUUAGUCACUUUAGUGUUGAUCUUAAAUUUAGCAGCAACUAGCGGUCUUUCUACCAAUGAAAUAGUCAAGCCUGUCUGCAGACGUGACCGAUCAGUGUUUAGAUAGUAGGCUUACGCCGUGGAUCUGAAUCAAGAUCUUGAUCUAUGUGCGAUAGUUUGUAAUAGCAGCCAUUAAACUGAAUGUGUGUUCGGUCUUACAGUGAAUACAAAUCUUGUAGAUCUAGUCAAAUGCUGCUGAUCUUUCUUUUCGGAAUUAUUCAAAAACACAUAAGUUGAAAGUUCACGUGUGUUUCUGAAUCAGGAUGGAACACGGGACCGCUGAGCUCCUGUGUGGAUUACCUUCCAUAGCAACCCUCGGCAGCAGGCACCACACAUCUUACCCCUCGUAUCCUACACCCCGGGGUGCAGGUGGGGCAACACGGUGUAGCAGUACAAAACCAGUGGAUGGCGUAAAAACUUGGACCGUGGUCAGUGGCCGUGUCGGUCAAAGGUCCAGAUGCACGUCUAGUCUAUUAUUAUUGUGUUUCUAUUCUACCAUGCUUGUGCUGCUGUUGUUGUUGGCCUCGGGAGCGGAGGCUUUUAAUAUAGACCUGAGAACGGCUGUGGUGCACCAUGGCCCAGCAGGCAGCUUUUUUGGAUAUUCCGUUGCUCAACACAUUGACCAAUCGACCAACUGGUUGUUGAUUGGUGCACCAAAGAGCAACACGUCUCAGCCCAACUUGAACCAGCCAGGGGCGGUCUACAGGUGUCGCACGGACAAACCGGACGACUGCCAUGUGAUACCGUUUGAUGACAAAGGCAACAACGUCAAGCCUGUCCUGACUCCAACUAAAAGAUACGAACAAAUCGAAGAAAAGUCUGACCAGUGGUUUGGCGCAACUGUCCGGAGUUCUGGAGAGAACGGUUUUAUUGUGGCCUGUGCUCCAAGAUAUGUGUAUUUCACCAAUGAUUUGGACAAACGUGAACCAGUUGGCGCUUGCUACUUAUCUCGUCCAGGAACAACGAAAUUCGAACGCUAUUCACCCUGCUUGUCAGCGGUGAAUCAAUCGCCCGUUAUUGACCAAUACCAUCGCCAAGGAUACUGUCAGCUGGGCUUCUCCGCUGUCUUUACAAGUGAUGGCAGAAAGUUGUUGAUUGGUGCCCCAGGUAGUUGGUAUUGGCAAGGCCGGUUAUUUAACUUCAGAACGGACAAUGCCACUAAACCUUACAGUACAACUGGUGAAGAUAGUACUGGGUUGUCAGAUGACCAAUACAGGGGAUACUCUAGCGCUGUUGGUCAUUUUGAUGAUGAUAGUGUUGAAGAUUAUGUUGUGGGAAUUCCCAAAGGAGAGCAGUACUUGGGCAAAGUGGUGUUGUACAAUCAAAACAUGACAGAGUUUGGUAGCUUGGUUGGAGAACAGAUGGGCUCCUACUUUGGCAGCGCUGUGGCAGUGACUGAUCUGAAUGGAGACAGACUGGAUGAUAUUAUAGUGGGUGCUCCUUUCUAUGCAGACUAUAAGUCCUUGACAGCAUUUGAUAAUGGCAGAGUCUAUAUUUUUUAUCAAACAAGUGAUAAAAAAUUUAGACCUCAAAGAAGAGACAUUCUAGAUGGACCAGAUAGCGAGUCCAGAUUUGGAAUGGCAGUUAGUGGUCUUCGAGACAUUAACUAUGAUGGAUUUGAAGAUCUAUGUGUUGGAGCCCCAUAUGCUGGGGAAGAUAAACGUGGUGCUAUUUAUAUCUAUCAUGGCUCUAAAAGAGGAAUUAUAACAGAUGUAUCACAGGUUAUUUAUGCUAAAGAUGUAUCACCCACUUUGUCAGGUUUUGGCAUUUCAAUAUCUGGUGGCAUAGAUCAAGAUGGUAACUCUUACCCUGAUAUCUUGACAGGAGCAUACUCAUCCGACUCUGCAGUCUUUUUUAGAACAAGGCCUGUUGUGCGAGUCAUUGCCAGUUUAAAGAUUAAUCCAGACAUCUUGGAUCUGGAGGUAAAGGAGUGCCAACUCCCAGAUGGAACUAAAAUUACUUGUUUUAAUUUGAUUAGCUGUUUGACAUAUGAUGGCUAUGGAGUACCAGAUUAUUUAACCUUGAAUAGUACUGUGGUGUUUGAUGUCAAGAGUAACACAUCAGGGUCUCAAGAGCAAAGAGUUUUUCUAAUGCAAGCUCCUACCAAGUAUACUAAACAAGAUAUUUACAGACUCACUGCCAGGAAUCCUUCUUGCAUAACUACACAUGCUUAUCUCAAGAAUGAUCCGGAUGACAAGCUCAGCCCAAUAAAGAUUACAUUAACCUUCACUUUAAUGGAAGAUCCUGACAGGGCGUUGCGACCCAUUCUUGAUGCUUACAUUCCAGUAGCUACUUCUAUAACAACACAAAUUAAGAAGGAUUGUGGUAUUGACAAUGUUUGUGUACCAAACUUAUCUGUUCAACUUUAUGGAGUUACCCCAACACAUAUCAUUGGCAACCCAGGGAUUCUUGAAAUUUUGGUAAUUGUAAACAAUUUUGGAGAGGAUUCCUUCAAUACCAGGCUGUGGAUCGAUCUGCCUCCUGGUGUGGCUUAUAACACCAUUAUCAGCCAGAAAUCAUCUGUUCCUAUCAGCUGUGGCAACUUCAAUCAAACUUUGGUGGUCUGUGAUCUUGGCAACCCAUUUAAACAAAAGUCUCAGCCGUCAGAUUUUACUUUGGUUUUGACUCCUACAAAUACUAAUGACACAAAAGAUGAGCUUAUAGUUAAUUUUUUUGCCAACAGUUCUAAUGAAGAAAAGAGUAAUGAUUAUGAAAACAAUUAUGCCAAAGGAGUUAUUCCAGUAACAGCUGUUGCAGAAAUUGCCUUGCUUGGCAAAUCCAGCCCAGAAUUCAUUAUUCUAAACAUUACUGAGCAUAAAGGAGAGGAGGAUGGCAGUAGGAUUGUCAAACAUGUUUUUCAGUUGAUUAACCAAGGUCAGUGUGCUACCAAUGAAACAGAGCUGCAGAUUCGCUGGCCAAGUUAUGAUAAAAAUGGCAAUCCAGUGCUCCCAUUGGAAGCUCCUCUUAUUAUUGAAGGCAAUGGAAAGUGUGACACAAUUGUAAUCACACCUAGCAAUGCACAGAAAUAUGAUAAAAGUACUUAUAUAGAAAAAGAGACUGAUAGAAACAAGAGAAACACUGAUUCUCAAACUAUUAGUUGUUCAGAGAAAUACUGCACCAUCAUUCAAUGUCUUGUAGGCCACAUGUUGCCAAGAGAUAACUUUAUUGUCACAGUUGUGUCCCAGUUUAAGCCAAAGAGUUUCAUACAGAGACGUGAAGAAACCCAGAUGUACAAUAUCAAGUCAAUAGCUCGUGCUAGGGUGCGCUCUGUACCCUAUGAUUUCAAGACUGUUGAUGUCAGCAAGUUUGAGACUAGAAAAAUAGAGCUGGUGACCACUGUCAAUACAGAUCGCCUGAAGCCUGCCAGCAAAGGUGUUGAGAUAUGGAUCAUUGCCCUGGCUGUUACAGCUGGUCUUUUGAUGUUGUUGUUAUUGAUAUUACUGCUCUGGUGGUGUGGAUUCUUCAAAAGAAAGAAGCCUGAAGAAGAGGGUUACUUUGUGGUGAAUGGCAAAUCAAACAUUGAUGACAAAAUAGUGGAUUAACAUCAAGAUUAUUUAUUUCGCUUAGACUGUUUCAAUACUAGACAUUAUGCAGGGAUAUUUUAUCAUGACAUUGUACAUCUAUUUUUUAUUUUUUGGAAAUAAUUUUCCCACGCAAAUAUUGAGCUAGAUUUUGUCUCAGAAUGAUACUGGUAAAAACUUCUUCAUGCAAACAAAAUUUUUUUUUUUCAGGUUGAAAUAUUUUUUUACUAAUAAUUUUCCAUUCUCUUUCACUGUGUCUUAAUCAUUUGUGAUAUUUAAAUACGAAUGAACAAUACUUAGUCAUUUGUUCCAAGAUUUGUUCAUUUUCUUCUUCCAAUUCUUUCAGACCUUAUUUAUGAUCAAUGAAAACACAAAGUGAACUUGACUCAUCAUUAUGAUGUUGUUUUUUAUAAAAUGCUUUUGUAUUGAAUGUGUUGAGCUUUUGCUGUGGAUUGUACAGCUAGUUUAUCACUAAUGGAAUGAGUUGUUCCUAUGUAUCACAUGUGGUGAUCUAUAGAAAGAUCCCUUUUUUAUGGAGUAAAUGCUUCAAUAGAACAUUAUUGGAUGCUAUUUAAGUUUGUAUUCUGUAUGAUGAAAAAUGUCUGUGAAAAAAAGUUGUAUCAGUGAGGUCUAUCUAGUCCAUAUCAUUUGUAUCAUUUAACAGACAGAAAGUUUGGAAAUGAUUGCUUUACUUGGCCGAAUGGAUAAUUGGAUACUUGUUUUGUUGUUUUUGUUUUAUCCAUUUUUUUUUUCUUUAAAUUGUGUCAAUAAAAAAUUGUGACUUCUAAAUGUCUCUUGUACAGGAAACAAAAGUUGAAUUAGAAAACAGUUUGGUUUUUGUUAUUGUUAAGUGGGUGAAGAGCUAAAAAAAAUAGAAAGACCUAGUAGUUUCUAUAGCUCCACCAGGUUCUGUGGUCACCUAGAUAGUUUUAGACUUAAAUGAUACUUUCAGCUCACUGGUAUUGUUAAAACCACACCUUGAGUCGACUCCUGAAAAUAUUAGUCCAAUAGGAAAAAUAUUUUCUUUUCAGAAGCAAUCUGCUCAUCAGAAAUACCAGGAUGUAGUUGAACUGACCAAUAUUCUGGCUUGACUGUCAAGUAUGAUGCUUCAGUUUACAAAACUGUAUGUCUACUAGAUUUAACAGAAGGAAAUUUAGUUUUACUAUUUCACAAAAUGUUUUUGAAAAUAUAUUUUGGUCCUUUGAGAACUUUGUUUGAAAGAAUGUCUAGUUCCAUUGACUGUAAAUAUUUGUUUGCAUAUUUUGUAUAAGUUUCUUGAAAAAAAAAAUGAACUUUGUUACAGUUGUAUCUUGUAUUCUUGUCAUGACUUUUUGAAAUGCAGUGUAAGACUUGUUUCUAUAACAGCCUCACUAUCCACAAAACUAGAUGCAAUAUUUAUCUUUAUACUUUUUGAUUUUUCUUUUCUUUUUUUUUAAGAUAGAUGGAUACAUAUUGUAUCUUUGUUUUAGUGCGCCUUUAUAUGGCGUUCUUUAAAUAACUCUGAUCAAAAUGUGAAUAGAGUAUAUGUUCUGCAAGUGGGAGAGUGUAAGUGCUAACAGAGUUAUUCUACCCGCCUUUGAAGGGGAAUUGUCCGCAGCUUUCAAAGUAUUGUCAGUACCAAGCUGACUACAUGAAAUUGUUUUUCUGUAUGAAUAGCAAAACCAAUUUUAAAAUUAUGAAAAAAAUUUUUUUUUUCUUCUCAAUUUCCUUACUUUGGAAUUUACAGAGAAAAGAAUUUGCUGAAAAUGCCAUUAAUUUAAUACCUUCAAGUAAAAAAAUUUUAGGUUAUAUUUGAUUUGAUUUGAAAUUUUUCUUUUUUAGAGGACAUUUUUCACCUCAUGUCUGGUGCUAUCCAUUCAGAUUCAUUAAAACAAAGUCAGUUUGCUCAUGUGUCAUAGAAAGCUAAACGAAGCAAUGAAUUAUGAAGAGAUGAACAUGUAAUUUGACUUCUCUGUGACAUGUUCAUGCUUGUUUAGGUCCGUUUUGUUUUGUAAAGAAACCAUUAUGUCCCUUUUAAGAUAACAUGGUAGUUAACACUGAGAUCGUGACUGUGGAAGAGUUAUGAAAAGAUUGAUUGUUAGUUCAGACUUGUGUGUGAGUCUGGGUUGUUGUUUGUUUGUUUUUUCACAAUUUUGGGUACAAAGUGUCCAUUCAUUUGUGGAUGACAAUAGUAUGAGUUAUUAUCAACUGACCUUCAACUAUGGUGCUACUUUGACUGUGUGUAGUGCAUAUUAUUAUCAUAUUAUAUUUGUAUUACUCUAUAAUUUAGCAUUAUAUUUAUUUAUAUAUUCAAGUUUCUCAUGUACUGAUUGUUAGCUUAAAAAAUGACGCUAUGUUUUGUAGGAUAAAAAAAAAAAGAUUGCUGUUAUAUAUUGUGUUCAAGAAGAAAGAAGGCCCCCACAAUAAUCUAAUUCUUUCUCUCUCAGUGUUAGAAUGUUCAUUCUCUCUCUGAAUGUUAGAAUAUUAAGUUUGGCACAGUAAAUAUGUUAGCUCACUCGACACUUGAUUGGAUCUUACUGCUUAUAAAUUAGUGCCUUUUGUCUGUUUUUUAGAAUAUAGUUUUAGUAUUAAGAACAAACUUAAAAAUAAAAAUUUGAUCAUUUCGUGAAUGCUUGAUUAUUGUUUAACAAUAGUUAGUGAAUUUUGUUGCAAUAAACUUGUGUUUGAUUAUACAGUAAA